CAGAGAGAAUGAGGGGGAGGGAGAUAGAUUCCUGUCAGCACUACUUCUGGACUUUUUCCUGAGCUCCUGGGUGUGGACAGUGUUCUUCACCAUGAGUGGAGACAGCAGGAGCUGCCCUUGUCUCCUAAGCAUGGCUCUUUACUAGCUGUGGGAGCCUGCAUGAUGUCUGAAGUGCAAUAGAACUUUCCAGUCCAGUCCGUUCCCUACAGGUGAGUGUCUUCCAGGUAUGCCCCUCGGUGAAGGAGAGAGUUACCAGAGCAUUAGCAGGGGGAGGGUCUAGGUUUGGCUGCCAGGUACAAUAAGGACACCUAGAGCCUGAAGAGUGGAUUAAGGCAGCUGCAGGUUAGAUGGCCCUCCAUCAAAUCAUCCCUCCAUAGCAGAGAGCAGCUUCACGGUGCCCAGUGCUGGCGAUGAGCACACUCUCUGCCAUCACCUCAGUUCCUGUUCUCUCAUAUCUCUUCAUCUCUUCCUUUUAUCUGCUUGCCUUCUUGUGGGGAUCUCUGGGAAGAGAGAUUGCAGGUUGGCUGGUCAAUGCUUUAGAGAAAAGUGAAGGGAGGGAAAGGUAGAAAGGUUGGGUACUCUUUGUUUAUUCAUUGGUUUGUUCUUUAGCCUGUUAAUUGAUAAAGUCACUUAAAAAUAUUUAUAGAACACAUACUUUGUCAGACUCUGUUCUUGUCACAGGUGAUAAUACAAGAAAGCUAAAGAACUUGCUUCAAGUUACUUAAUUCUAAUGUGGGAUUUUGAGGAUGAUAAACUAAUAAACAAUUAAACACAUAAUAUGGUUUGAGCUACUGAUGAGAGCCAAUAGAAUAAAAAUGCAGCCUCACAAGGUUAGAGAGUGAAAUUGUGCAUGUAGUGUUUUGAAGGGGAUGUUGGGAAAGUGCUGUGGAGAGGAGAUAUUUGAGCAAAGACCUGCAUGUGGUGAGGGAAGAAGUCCAGACCUCCUGAAGAACUCAGUAUGAUUUAUAUUGAUGUCUUCUAACAUUUUCUUACCCUAGGGCUCUAGAGAAAAUAGAAGGUCGUAGAUAAGCAUAUGCACUCUUUGAGUUUUCCAAGUUGCUCUAUGGGACUGAGACCAUUGCAGUUCGGUUAGAGCGAUAGGCUGCCCAUUUCGAGGUUUUGUCUCUGUCUGGAACUAGACAUUUGAGACCGGGGGAAUAUGGAGGAUUUUGCCUCUAUAUCACCACUGUUUUCUUGUCUUCUGGUCCCAGGGUGGAGACUGCAGUACAGACAGGACUUCCUUCUGGCACCCGCCUCCCCAUUGUCAUCUACAGAACAGAGGAAUAAAAGAUCUCAGAGUUAGAGGUCACUAACAGGGAACUGGAGAGUCCCUUCCUGCCUGGAGGAUAUACAUUCACGGAUAUGAGAAAUGGUGGAUGCCUUUCAUCCUGAGAAUAAGGAGGGAGAAGUUGAUAAUCCACACCACGGAGCCAGCUUCCAGAAGUCAGGAAAAGACUCAAUAUUUUGUCUCAAAACAGUUCUUAUGACAAUGUCCUAGAUAGGUCCCACUUGCUAACAGCACUGCAGAGUUCUUGGUGUAAUUGAGGCAGAAACUUAGAAUGAAUAUAAUGCAAAUGGAACCUAUGUUAAAGGAUACAAACAAAAGAAGUAAUCAUGUCUUUGUGUGAUUGGCUAAGGUUGGGAUUCUUUGAACUGUUGAAAUGUAGCAGGAGUUUGCAGGACAUGGAUACAAGAGGCAGAGAAGACACUUUUGGGCCCUGGAGAUGAAGUGUUGGUGGCAUGAAUGAGCACUUUGUGACCAGGGAAGUGAAUAGAAUGGCAGGGCAGGGCAGGGUUGGAGGCAGGAUGGCUGGUGAACUGGGAGACGGGUACAUACUUGGUGAGUGGGUUUUCAUGCCUCAGGUGUGGUGUUGGUGGCUACUGCUCAUCUUCUUGGGCAUUUACGUUUACCUUCAUAAGUUACACAUAUCCUUCAUGAAACAUUUAAUAUCAACCUUGUAUAAAAUAGUAGCAUUAUGUUGUGAAGUCUAGGAGUAGGAUAUAUUUCCUCAAACUGGAAUUGCCUUGAAUCUUCCUGUGGUCAGAAACUUGUUUUCUCUCUUUUGCUCUUUAGAUUCCACAAGGAACAAGAGCUCAGAACUAAAUGUUGGGGAAUCACUCUAGUGCCACUGAAUUUUAUCUCCUUGGCUUCCCUGGCUCCCGAGAACUACAUCAUAUCCUCUUUGCUGUCUUCUUCUUCUUCUACUCAGUGACAUUAAUGGGAAACAUGGUCAUCAUUGUGAUUGUCUGUGUGGACAGACGUCUACAGUCCCCCAUGUAUUUCUUCCUUGGUCAUCUCUCUGCCUUGGAGAUCUUGGUUACAACUAUUAUCGUACCCGUGAUGCUUUGGGGGCUGCUGCUCCCUGGGAUGCAGACAAUAUCUCUGGCUGCAUGUGUCACCCAGCUCUUCCUGUACCUUUCUUUGGGGACCACAGAGUUUGCAUUACUGGGAGCGAUGGCUGUGGACCGUUACGUGGCUGUCUGUAACCCUCUGAGGUACGACAUCAUUAUGAACAGCCGCACCUGCAUCUGGGUGGUCAUUAUGUCAUGGGUGUUUGGGUUCCUUUUUCAAAUCUGGCCAGUUUAUGCCACAUUUCAGCUUACCUUCUGCAAAUCAAAUGUGGUGAACAAUUUUUUCUGUGACCGAGGGCAAUUGCUCAAACUGUCCUGCAACAAUACCCUUUUUAUAGAGUUCAUCCUGUUCUUAAUGGCUGUUUUUGUUCUUUUUGGUUCUCUUAUCCCUACAAUCAUCUCGUACAGCUAUAUCAUCUCCACAAUCCUCAGGAUCCCCUCAGCCUCUGGCCGGAGGAAAGCCUUCUCUACAUGUGCCUCUCACUUCACAUGUGUCGUGAUUGGGUACGGCAGUUGCUUGUUCCUCUAUGUGAAACCCAAGCAAACUCAAGCAGCUGAUUACAAUAGGGUGGUGUCCUUGAUGGUUUCAGUAGUUACUCCUUUCCUCAAUCCCUUCAUCUUCACCCUCCGAAAUGACAAAGUCAUAGAAGCCCUUCGGGACGGAGCAAAGCACUGGUGUCAACUAUUCAGGAAUUAGUCUUGUCUUAAUUAUUAUGGAUUUUAUAAUGCUCUGAAAAAACAUACUCCUCUUUGAUCUGCAUCAUAACCAUCAUCAAAUAUUCUGUGUACAACAAAAGCCUUUUAAGUUAUGGCCAUGG